UAGCAUAAUAAGCACAUGACAGCUGCUCUCUGACGUUCUUAUCUGUCUUUCUUUCUUAUCUCUUCCUUCCUCGCUCCUGCCCACCAGUGCUCGUGCUGCUUCCUCCCUCUUUCCCUUCUCUUUGUUCUCUAUAUAUUGCCGCUCACUCCGGUCAAUUGGACACAAUUCGGCGUCUCGAGUCUUUCUUUGCUUUUGGGUCAAUCUGAGGAAAGCCCGGCUACAGCUAGCUGAUCAAGAAAAAGGGGGGAAGAAAAAAGGGAAAAGGAGAAAAAAGGGUUUGCUUUUUCGAGCUGAGUUUGGUUGAAGACAGUUCUUGGAAUCGCCUCCCGCUAUGGAUUAUUCUCCCUGCAUUAGCACUUCACUGGAUCUCAAUAUUAAGCCGCUCAGGGUUCUUGAUGAGGCUCCGAAGAGAGAGCCGCAGGAGAGCAACUUUAUGGAUUUGGGUUUGAAUACCUCUGUCAAAGAAGAAAUUAAUACUGGUGCUUUGGUUGAGGAACUGAAUAGGGUGAGUGCUGAGAACAAGAAGCUCACAAAGAUGCUGACUGUCAUGUGCGAGAACUACAAUACAUUGAGGAGCCAAGUGGUGGAUUACAUGAGCAAGAAUGCUGACAAGGAGCUCAGCCCUUCCAAGAAAAGGAAAAGUGACAGCAGCAACAACAUUGGCGACAACAACGUUAACAUGCUUACAAAUGGUGCUUCCGAGAGCAGCUCAACAGAUGAAGACUCAUCUAAGAAACCGAGGGAGGAAAAGAUCACAGCUAAAAUCUCAAGGGUCUAUGUGAGGACGGAAACAUCUGACACAAGCCUGAUAGUGAAAGAUGGGUAUCAGUGGAGGAAAUAUGGUCAGAAGGUGACCAGAGACAACCCAUGUCCUAGGGCUUACUUCAAGUGCUCUUUUGCUCCAAGCUGCCCAGUCAAGAAGAAGGUGCAAAGGACUGCUGAGGACCAAUCUGUUCUGGUAGCUACAUAUGAAGGUGAACACAACCAUCCAACUCAGAUGGACGAAACCUCUGGCUCAAGCAGGUGCAUGGCCAUUGGAUCAGUGCCCUGCUCAACCUCGCUCAACUCAUCUGGACCCACCAUCACUCUUGACCUCACCAAAUCGAAGUCCCCCAUCGAUUCCCAAAGCAACAACAACAACAACAACAGCAGCAACAGCAACAAAACCGCCUUAAAACCCAAGACAGAGUCGCCUGAAAUCCAAAGGUUUCUGGUGGAGCAGAUGGCCUCGUCCCUCACGAAAGACCCCGGCUUCACUGCUGCCCUGGCUGCAGCCAUUUCGGGGAGGAUCUUCCACCAGAAUCUGCCCGGGAAAUGGUGAAAAAACGAGUAGGGGUCUUUAGGUGUUGGUUCUGCUCUGUAAAUGGAUUGAAAGUGAAAGGUUAAAA